AUGGCUCCAAGUCGAACAACAAAGAGGAGACGCCUGAGUCCUCCUGGUGAUGAGGGAAAUGGCCCUUCACAGGCUACCAAGGACUUCUUUAACAACGCAGCCGAAUGGGACCUAGAGCAAGACUAUGAGCGCCGGCCACGCAAACUGGGUAAAAAAGAAAAGGAGAGGACGCGGCUACCCAUAAAAACUGCGGAAGGGCUGCAGAAUGUAGAAGAGCCUGAUGCCGAGGCUGAAGAAUCUGACAGCUUUCUGGGGACCGAUAAUGAUGAAAAGGAUGGAAAUUCAGAUGGUGAGAAAAAUAUGGAGGAUGAGGAGAAUGCUGUCGAAGACCAACCACCAAAAAUCCCAUUAAAAUUGCAAAUUAUCCAGGCAAAGGAGGAUCUUGCAAAGGCUGCAACAUUGAUCAACGAGGACCCUGAGGAACACCUCUCAUCAUUUAAGACGAUGGCCGAAAUGGUUGAGAAGGGCUCGCAUGUUGCGAUUCAGAAACUGGCUCUUGCCUCGCAAGCGGCAAUCUACAAGGAUGUGAUUCCUGGAUACAGGAUUCGUCCUCUUGGUGACGAUGAAAUUUCCGGCAAGAUCUCGAAGGAGGUGCGCAAGCUGCGGACAUACGAGCAAACGCUUCUUUCAGGAUACAAACAUUACGUUCAGAAGCUGUCGGAGCUCACAAAACCUUCUAAAGAUAAAGGGACAAGUGUUGACGCUGGCCUGAAGAGCGUCGCGAUCAACUGUGCCUGUAUUCUCCUCCUCUCCGUACCUCAUUUCAACUUUCGAGGGGAGCUACUGAAGAUUCUUAUCAACCGCCUUGCCCGGAGACAGAUUGAUGCGGACUUCAUUAAAUGCCGGGAAACCCUUGAAGAGGUAUUUUCACGUGAUGACGAUGGUGUUGUUUCCCUCGAAGCGGUCCGUUUGUUGUCCAAGAUGAUGAAGGCAAAGGAUUACAGGAUUCAUGAAAGCAUCUUGGAUGCGUUCCUCCAUCUACGCUUGCUGUCCGAAUUUUCAUCCAAGGCAUCAAGGCACCGAGUUGAUCGCAACGAGCCAGGAAAUGACACCCUCGGUGGCAAAAAGCUCAAGCAAAAGCGGGAAUUCCGCACCAAACGGGAUCGUAAGCUCGAUAAGGAACGAAAGGCAGUGGAGAAAGAUAUGAAAGAAGCAGACGCCUUAGUCUCACAUGAAGAAAGGGAGAAAAACCAGGCGGAGACAUUGAAGCUGGUGUUUGGAACGUACUUCCGUAUUCUGAAGCUCCGAAUCCCUAUUCUGAUGGGACCAGUGCUUGAGGGUCUUGCCAAAUAUGCCCAUCUGAUCAACCAAGAUUUCUUCGGAGAUUUACUUGAGGCCUUGAAGGAACUAAUAGGACAUGCCGACCAGACGGAAGUAUGGGACGAGGAUGCGGACGAGGCAAAUAUCGAAUCUGAGACGACCGCACGAGAUUCUCAGCGUGAGGCUCUCCUUUGCACUGUCACUGCCUUUGCCCUCUUGGAAGGACAAGACGCCAGCAAAGCAGCAGCGGCGCUCCAUCUGGACCUCAGUUUCUUCAUUAGGCACCUCUACAGCUGUCUCUACUCUCUCUCCAUCAAUCCCGACGUUGAAUAUAACCCAAACAAAUCGCUUCGACUUCCAGAUCCGAACUUUCCCGAAAGUGCAUCCCACCGAUCGCGAAACAAAGUCAACUUCCAAACUCCCACUGUGCUGCUCCUCCGCUGCAUCCAUUCCACAUUAUUGUCUCGUGCCCAUGGAACUCCUCCACCAGUUCGGCUGGGCAGUUUUACCAAACGUCUCAUGACGACGUCCCUUCAAUUUCCUGAGAAAUCUGCCAUUGCAACGUUGUCACUAUUGAACCAGGUCGCCAAAUACCACGCACGUCGGAUUUCGCCAUUGUGGCAUAGUGAAGAGCGUAAGGGUGACGGUGUAUACAACCCGUACGCGCUGGAUAUAGAAGCGACGAAUGUAUUUGCUGGGACAGUCUGGGAAGGGGAGCUAUUACGACUACACUACUGUCCUCAAGUGCGGGAUGCUGUUUUAGAUAUGGAGAAGAUGAUUUCAGGAAAAUAG